AUGGCGCGAUCCCUCUUGUUGCUCUCACCGGUGGUGGCCGUUCUCGCUCUGAGUGGCCUGGGCAUAGAUCGAGAAUUGGCGUGGUAUCGAGCGUCAACAGCCAUCAAAGCCAUCAAAACUAUCUACUCCUUUCCUGAGCAGGAUGUCACGGAUUUCCUAGACUCCUACAAGCUCUUCGAUCAGGAGCAGGUGACUGGAGGCAAGAACGAGGCGCAAAGCACCGUGAACUACUACAAGGUCCUGAACCACCUGUGCGCAGUUGGUGAUGUGGAGAAGAUGUACAUUCCACCAGUGAUGGAUCCAAGUUUGGGAGUUUUUGAGAAUCAGAUGCUAUGGGAAGAGAAAGGGAUGGCUGAGCGACUGAACAUCGGUCCAGGCUCCAAAGUCCUUGAUGUUGGCUGCGGGCGGGGCAGGGUGGCCCACCACAUGGCCAGCUUCUCAGGGGCUCACGUGACAGGGCUGAACCUCGACCGUACCCAGCUGCAGACGGCCAUGGAGCACGCCAACUUGACCAAAAUGGACAAGCACCUUAGCUUCGUGUACGGCAACUACAACGACCCGCUGCCCUUCGCGGAUGCGACCUUCGACGCCCUGUACCAGGUGCAAGUCCUCACCUACGCCAUCGACCCCGAGAAGCUCUUCAAGGAGAUGUUCCGGGUGCUGAAGCCAGGCGCCAAAUUGUCCUUCUUGGACUAUGUGCAGCUGCCAGCCUUCAACCCGUCUGACCCCAAGCAUGACGAUCUGCUGCGGAAGGUGAAGCCGGUGCUGGGCGCUGUUUGGACGCCGAAGCCCUCAGACUUCACCGAUCCGUUGGAGAGGGCAGGCUUCAAGAUCCUGAUGAACGAGGACGCGAGCCUGGGGGGCCACCAGUACCCCUUGAUCGAGAAGGCGGAUACAUUCUUCGUGGCGGCGCGCUACUUGUUGCAAGCCUUGACCAAGGUGCGCAUUUUGCCCCCCCACUUCCUGACCCUCUUUGAGCGGCUCACCAAGGAUGCCGAGGCCUUUGUUGAGGCGGACAAGAUGGGGCUCUUCACCACCAGUUGGCAGAUCAUUGCGCAGAAGCCGGCAUAG